GUCAACAUUCAGAGGAUCCCUAAAUAGCCUUUGCGUUAGGACAAGGUGCUGGAAGUGGCAGAGCGAUAGAAAAGGCUCAAGCGCUAGAGCGGAAAAUCAUAGCAAGCUACAGUAACUGUCCAUUCAUACGGAAUCCUGUACCAUCUGUUAUCAUAUCAGUAUAACCAAAAACCCGAGUCCUGAAGUCAAUUUGGGGCAGUCUACUAUCCGAAAGAAUGCAGCUUGGCCAGUCAACCCGGUGGGAGUGACCGAUAAGGAUGGGCCAAAGAAGUAGAGCCCACUGGUGAGGAGUGGUGGAGAGGCCAAACAGAACCAUAGCGACUAAACAACGCCGAGCGCCACCAUGCCCCACCUCCCCUCCUAAACUCUCCUCCGACUCAGUCCCUUCCCCUCCCUCACACACAGAUAUAGUCGAGCUGCAGGUCUCACUCGCUAUGGCCUCGGCCUACCUGUGGAAGCUGUCGUCCCAGAAGCUGGGCUUCUUCCUGGUGAGCUUUGGAUUCAUCUGGGGCAUGAUGCUGCUCCACUUCACUAUCCAGCAGCGGGCCACGCACGAGAGCAGCACCAUGCUGCGACAGCAGAUCCUGGAGCUCAGCAAGCGCUACAUCAAGGCCCUGGCCGAGGAGAACCAGAGCGUCAUGGACGGGCCCUACGUGGGAACCAUGACGGCCUAUGAUCUGAAGAAGACUCUGGCGGUGCUCCUGGACAAUAUCAUGGUGCGGCUGGGCAAGCUGGAGUCCAAGGUGGAGAACAUCUACAACGGCACAGGGGCUAACCUGACCAACGGCACCAGCACAGUCACGCCCAGCGCCUCCAAUGCAGAGAAGGUCAAUGUGGCAGAUCUGCUGAACGGCGCUCAGGAGAAAUGUGAGCUUCCCCCCAUGGAUGGCUUCCCUCACUGUGAGGGCAAAGUCAAGUGGAUGAAGGACAUGUGGCGGUCAGACUCAUGCUACACUAACUACGGCGUGGACGGCUCCACCUGCUCCUUCUUCAUAUAUCUCAGCGAGGUGGAGAACUGGUGCCCGCGCCUACCGUGGAGAACCAAGACAUUGAAUGAGGAGGCCGACCGGAGGGGCCAGACGGAGAUCCGGACGAGCUUCGAGGAGCUAUAUCGGGUCAUGUCUCGGCGAGAGGAGUUCCGCUGGAUGAUGCUCCGGAUCAAGCGCAUGGAAGAACCCUGGAUCAACGCCAUCCGCGCCCUGGCUGCCAAGCAGAACCUGGCCAAGCGCAAGAGGAAAAAGAUCCUGGUGCACCUGGGCCUGUUGACCAAGGAGUCGGGCUUCAAGAUUGCAGAGAACGCCUUCAGUGGGGGCCCCCUGGGGGAGCUGGUGCAAUGGAGUGACCUCAUCACCACCCUCUACCUGCUGGGCCACGACGUACGCAUCUCCGCCUCCCUGGCCGAGCUCAAAGAGAUCAUGAGGAGAGUGAUGGGGAACAAGUCCAGCUGCCCCACCCAGGGGGACAAGGUGGUGGAGCUCAUCUACAUUGACAUUGUGGGCCUGACCCAGUUCAAGAAGACACUGGGGCCCUCCUGGGUCCACUAUCAGUGUAUGCUGCGGGUUUUGGAUUCCUUCGGCACAGAGCCCGAGUUCAACCACGCCCACUAUGCUCAGUCCAAGGGCCACAAGACCCCCUGGGGCAAGUGGAACCUCAACCCCCAGCAGUUCAACACCAUGUUCCCCCACACGCCAGACAACAGCUUCCUGGGCUUUGUGGUGGAGCAGCACCUGAACGCCAGCGACAUCCGCCACAUUGACGAAGUCAAGCGGCAGAACCAGUCGCUGGUCUACGGCAAGGUGGACAACUUCUGGAAGAACAAGAAGACCUACCUUGACAUCAUCCACACCUACACGGAGGUGCAUGCCACCGUGCACGGUACCAGCACUGUGCACUUGCCCAGCUACGUGAGAAACUACGGCAUCCUGAGCGGCCGUGACCUGCAGUUCCUCCUCAGGGAGACCAAGCUGUUUGUCGGCCUGUCCUUCCCCUACGAAGGCCCCGCCCCCCUAGAGGCCAUAGCCAAUGGCUGUGCCUUCCUCAACCCCAAGUUCACCCCUCCCAAGAGCAGCAAGAACACAGACUUCUUCAAGGGCAAGCCCACCCUGAGAGAGUUGACCUCCCAGCACCCAUAUGCUGAGGUGUAUAUUGGCCAGCCCCACGUGUGGACGGUGAACAUCGACAACCCUGCGGAGGUGGAGAGAGCCAUCCGCUCAAUCCUCAGUCAGAAGAUCGAGCCCUACCUGCCCUAUGAGUUCACCUGUGAGGGGAUGCUGCAAAGAGUCAACGCUUUCAUUGAGAAUCAGGAUUUCUGCCAUGGCCAGGUGAUGUGGCCUCCCCUCAGUGCUCUGCAGGUGAAGCUGGCUGAGCCGGGGUGCUCCUGUAAGAAGGUGUGUCAGGAGGAGCAGCUCAUCUGCGAGCCCUCCUUCUUCCAGCACCUCAACAAGGACAAGGACCUGGCCCGGUUCGGCAUGGACUGCCAGACGGUGGAGUCGUCGGGCGACACGGUGGUGCCUGCGUACAGCGACGCACGUCACCACUGCGUCUUCCAGUCGGACCUGCUGCUGUUCAGCUGCGCCGGCGCCCACCCCUCCCUCAAACGCGUCUGCCCCUGCCGGGACUACAUGAAGGGCCAGGUGGCGCUGUGCAAAGGCUGCCUAUAGCCCCUGUCUGUCUGGGUGUGUGGAGAGGAUCGAACUGGUGUGGAUUGGACCCCGUACCCUUCCAGAGCGCUGCAGGGAAAUGGGGGGCUGGGGACCUCUAGCUCUGACCACUCAGAUGGCUUGACUCCUCCCCCUAGCUCCACACCUGCAGCCUAACUCCUCCCACAGCCAGUCCUCUGGAGGGAUGAAGAGCCACCUGGGAACUAGACAACCAUGAGACAUUUGUAUUAUUUAUGUCUGUUUUUAUUCACCUGAACUUUGACCUUUUUAAGGCAUUUUGAUCAGCUUGUCAGACAGACACAGAAUCGGCAGAAAACUGGAAAUUCAAACGGUGGACAGAGAGAGGCCAGUGGGCUAUAUACAUAUUCUGGGAACUAGAAAUGUCAAUGAAACAGUUUCCAGUAAGGCACGGGGCAGGAGGAAAGGAGGGUACAGAAAAGAGACAUUGAGCAUCAGCCUGAAUUACUUGAAUCAAUGAGUCGCUGUAUAUUUGAGGCGGAGCGCAUGGCAACAGAGCUCCCUACUGCCCCUAGGCUGUAUGGCAGUGGGUGGUACUCUCUCUCUCCAAGCUUGUAGUCGCAACGAGCUGGUGUGUCGCCACACUCAGUAUGCUUUCCUUUCUGCCCCUGUCCCCUUUGAACUCUUUUAGCUAUGUCGGUUUGCACUGGAGACCCAUAAGGGGCCGUCCCAGGCGAUAAGGCUCAAUGUCCACACUAGCAUACUACUUAGGAUGAAACAAUGCACAGGGCAUGUAUUCUGAAUGCUAUACUCCAAUGGAAAGUUGCCCAUAGAUCCUGAUCUAUGGUCAGUUUUUAUUUUCCCUUAUUUAUGGUUAAGGUCACGAUUGGGGGGAGUGGAAGCUAAUCCUAGAUCUGUACCUAAGGGAAACUUCACCAAAAAGAAUGCUAGUGUGAAGAAGAAGCCAAGCCAGUUUUACACUGUAACUGUACCGCUCCCCAUAGUCGCGUCUAGACGGGAGUGGUCAGAUGUAGAUAUGUUGAUGUUCCAAAUCACAAAUCACUUUUAAUCCUGAGGAAUUGUCCCUCGUGGUCAUUCCCAACGACAGCUCACAUACACACAGUACACCCUAGCUCCUCUGUAGCCCUGCAUGGUAGAUUGACCCUCCUCAUGUUCCCAAUGUGCAGACUAGACACAUUCACUGCCACACACGCCUGACUGACCAGUUGGGAUGUGCUGGGGAGAAGGUGUGUGCAAAAUAAUUGCCAGUAGCCAAUGAAAAUCAUAAUUUUGAAUUAAUAAAUUUCAAUCAAAUGUUUCAAGAAAUUAUCAGAUCAGUCACAUGCAAUAGCUACUUGAUGGGAGUCUGUGUGACAUAGAUUAUAUAGUGUGGUGCUGUAGUGGGAAAGGUCACCCAGGCAGAUCAAACAUCAGCUCAAUCACCGGUAUCACACAUGCCCAUUGCCUUGACCACAAUAGAUUUAUCUGAAAAAUAUUCAUUGAUCAAGAAUAUUUGUAUUCACUAGACCGAAAGAUUAUAUACAGUACAUCCAUAGAAAUAACAGCUCUUGACAGAGCAACACACACACCUGCAACUUUAGUUUACUUGUUUCCUUCAUUUGGAGAUCGUUUAGGAUCCUAAUUUGCCUGCCAAGUUUUUAUUCUUUAAGCGACAAUAAAAGUUUGAAUUAGUAGUCCUUGUUGUGAAUGGAAAUAAUGCACUACUUUAACAAAAUAUAUUACUAAUACUGUAUAUUCAUAUGGGUUUUAAUUUGUUUUAUUUAUUUUGUAUACAGAUGUUUGCUGAAUUGUUUCUUUUUAUUUAUAGAAAAGUUCUUUUUACAGAGGCUAAUUGUAUUUAUCGAAAAAUAAUAUAACGUGUACAUUCAAGUGGAUGGAUGAGACGGGAGUUGUUUGUCCAAUCUGACUCCACCCUCCAGCAACAGUGAUGAGAGAGAAUGAGGAAUUAAAGAUAAUAUCCAAAUGCUUUGGAAACUUGGCAGCAAAAAAAACGUAGAAACUGGUCAAAAGUAAUACACUAUAUAGGGAAUAGGGUGUCAUUUCCGACACACCGUGAGACCGUCCACAAAGACACUGAUGAAAUGUGUUGGACUGGACAGUAGUGACAGAUGUCGCUCUCCUCUCAUCACUGUGCUUUCGGGGUGAUGAUGACAUUGGGACAAAAGCAGCGCACACUUUAGAUUUUUUUAUUGUAAAUGCCAGCAAGAACCUCGUGACGUUUUUAUUUUCAGAUCUUAAUGCAAACCAUUUGCACAUGUGUAAAUAUAGAUACGUUGUCUUUUAGAUGGUCACUUACAUUUUAAUGACUUGCUAUUUUUCCCGUUCUGUCCAGAUCAGUUUUUAUUAAGUUAGUGUAUACGAUCUGCAGCCAAGCUACCGUUAUAAAAAGUACAUGACGUGCCUUGGUUAUUACUAGACUCCGCUUAUCGUACCUGCCCAAUAGAUCUACCGGACCUAGUGCCAGAGAAUUGUUAGUCGAGUUCACAUAGUUUGCUAGAAGGAUAAUGUUUCUUAUAACAUUAACUGUAAAGGUAAACAGUAAUUGUAUGUGUUGGACUUUGAUGGUUAAAACAAAUGUCUUAAUGCUGUUGUGGACAUGUUUACCGAAGGCUUGUAGUGGGGUCAAAUACAGCAUAUGAAGCAUCUGCUUUUUUUUGUGGCAGUGGCCUUGUUCUACUUGUAUUAGAGUCAGACUUAGAGUAUGUUGUCAACUAUUUCUUUCCUUUCAUUGGUUAUUUAUAAAUGAGGGAUCUUGAACCAGUAUAAAUAGCCUCUAUAAUCGUCUAUUUGAAAUUGGUUUGUCCUAAAAUGAUAGCUGAAAGGAAGAUGUGUUAUGGACAUGAGAAGAGUUCUUUCAGUCUCUUUAACCCAACAUCGAAAUGUCUCCGUUGUCAAAUCUGCAUUUGCCUUCAUACAUAUUCAUUGAUUUUUUCCCCCCCAAUCUCAACCUUGUUUUAAGCAAUCAUGGAAAAGCUAAAGCAACGAUUGUUCUGGGACUAAAUUACGACUGUACAAAAAAAAAAAAAAAUGUUUUCAGUUUGACGAAUAAGUGGGAUAUAACUUUAUUUUUCAAUAAACCUUUUUCUGUGACAAA